UAAAUGUUUUGUAUGUUGUUAUUUAUCAUUCAAUAAUUUUACAGAGUCUUCGAUACUGGACUAUGAUGGGAACUCCAUUCCUGGUUUUUUAUGUGAUUGGCCUCAUCUUGAAAUUAAAUCUUUAUUACGUGCUGAAGCUGGGACUUUUCACAGCGUUAUAUAUUGUAGUCUAUGGAAUCUCCAGAGUGCUGUUUGAUGAGCGACUCAUGACUGUUAUGCCAAUGGCAGUUUAUCUAGCCACAAAGUUUUGGUGUUAUGUUACUUGGGUUUUGUACAUUCAUGAGUACUCUGGACUUAAAGCAACAGCAUUCUUCUUUAUAUCUUCACUGCUUCUAUGGUACAACUUCAUGAGAGCCUGGAGAGGAGAUCCAGGGGUCAUCACAGCAGACCAGGCCCAAAAAUAUCAGACCAUAAUUGAGUUAGCAGAAAGAGAUGGAUUUGAUCCUCAGUGGUUUUGUUCUACAUGCUUGGUGCGACGUCCAAUACGCUCCAAGCACUGUUCCGUCUGCAACAGAUGUAUUGCUAAAUUUGACCAUCAUUGUCCUUGGGUUGGAAACUGUAUAGGAGCCAACAAUUUGAAGUAUUUUAUUGGGUAUCUCAUAAUGCUGUGUGCAAUGAGCUGUGUUGUGGUGCAAGGCUGUUUCUACUUUUGGAAUGGUGCUUGCAACAUUUACUUCUCAAAACAGGGAAUCUGGUCCAGCAUAUAUGGUCUCUGCGUGAUCGCAGUAUGCAUUGUAUUGCUACUCAUCGCCGGUCUUAUGACCUGGUUCAAGAACCCCAGCAGCAAGGAAGACAUAUCAGAGGCUUCUGUAGAACCUUACUUCCUGCCGUCCUUCUUGCGUAGAUCUGGUCCCUCAUUCGCCUCCUUCAUGGAUCUAAAAAGAAAGAGGAACAUCCCGGCAGAUCCAGCGAGUUCUUCUAAUGACCUCGUCACCGUGCACUCUACAGGGAGGUUUGUGCAACAGGUCGCUGGAACACAAGUGAUGGCCGCUAACUUAGCCCUGGCAGCUACCCUCGCUCAUGUCAUGAUCUACGGCAGGUUAUCUGGGGAAAUGAGGAACCCUUGUGAACCUGUUUACCGCCCUUAUCGCCCUAGGAGCCACGCACGACGCGUCCUCAGUCCCAGGAUACCUCGACAGAACAGCCUAAUAGUACCACCAGCUCCAGUCUUGGCGAUACCAUCAUCCACACAGUCCUCUUCCGUACAAGAUGAAGUCUCUCUGAGGUCGUAA